AAAAAGGAAAGAAGAAGACGAUAAAUGAUAAUGGCAUCAGAUUCAGAGUGAGAAAUGUAAUGGAAUGAAAAAUCCACCAAUUUUGGUUCGUGGAGUGAUGACCUAUUAACCGACCUAGCUAGCACGCACCGGCUUCUUCCAUUCUCAUUCCUAAUUUCUUAAAUUCUCAAUUCUCAAAUGUUGAUCUUCGUUCCCGUGGCAGAGAGGGCAGAAACACAUGUAAGAGAAGGAGGAGGAGAUUACAGAACACAACAAAAUCAAACAAUGUGCUUCAACAGAGACGAAAUUUGAGUGAUUUUUGGUUCUUAGUAACGCCAUUGAUAAAUUUGAUAAAACCCAACAGCAAAAUCCGGCUGGAUUUGAGUUUCCCCAAAUAUCUCUCUCUUUCUAUGUUGCUUUCACUGUUUCUCUUCCUGGGUAGUUUGUUUUUGUAUUAAACCCCAACCCCAUUUCCUUAAAUCCUCGCUUUUCAUCUUUCUAGUUUUCAAUUCUUAGCGAGAGAACAAGGGAGAGUGCUGUCCCUCUCUCUCUCUCUCUCUCUUUUCUCCUUUCUCUCUGCCCCCUUUUGCUUUUUCUUUAUUUGUUUGGAUCCUACUCAUCGUCAUCAUCGUUUUUAAUUCAUUUAUUUCGUUUUGAGAUUUGGUUGUUAUACGUUAUAUCUAUACCCCCUCUCUUGUUUCAUUUCUGGAUUCAUCAGUGGUGAAUUAAUUGGUGUUGUGAGACUAGAGGGGCGGCUGGGAUUUUGGUGAAACUGGGUUUGGUUUGGUUUGGUUUGUUUUGUUCUGUUCAUCUUCAUCAGUAAUCAACACAGUUACAUCUCGCCAAGGCAGGUUGUCUACCGAAAUACUCAUUAGGUGUCUACAAGAAACCCAGAUGGUGAAAUGCUCAUCUUCUUAACAGGGUUUUAUUUCUCUCACUUAACUCGCCGCCGACUCACUGUUUUGAAUCGCUUUCCAUCUCGCAAUCAAUGAUGGGUGUUGCCCAUUUAUUGAAUACAAGCCAAGCUUUGUCAUCUGAUGUACGAUCGUCUAAUACCUUGUCGGAAGCUUUUGGAACAUUGCCAAUUUUGGAGCUCGUAUCAAUUUGCUUAAAUCUAGCACUUUUUAUCUUAUUCUUGUUUGUUGUCUUGGCGAAGCGGAUAUCUGUGUUUGUUGGUCGCCUUGGCUUCGUUAAGGAUGAUGAAUCUGGUGCAAAUGCAAGUCCAAUUCGGCGCAGCGGGGAUGGUGAAAUUCAUGAUGUUGACGUCGGGGUCAGUUUCAAAAUGUCGGUUUCAUGUUGUUUCUAUGUGUUGUUUGUGCAAGUUUUGGUAUUAGGUUUCGAUGUCAUUAGUUCAAUUAGAGAGUCUGUUAGAGGGAAGGAGGAUGAAGAUUGGUCCAUUGUUUGCUUGCCGGCUGCUCAAGUUUUGUCUUGGUUUCUAUUGGGUUUUUUGGCUCUGCAUUGCAAAUUCAAGGCUUCUGAGAAAUUUCCGUUGUUGUUGAGGCUCUGGUGGUUAGUGUCCUUUGUUAUUUGUCUGUGUGCUUUCUAUGUUGAUGGAAGAGAAUUGUUUCUACAUGGUCUGAAUUACCUGCGCUCUCAUGUUGUUGCAAAUUUUGCUGCAACUCCUGCUUUAGCUUUCCUGUCUUUUGUUGCUGUUAGGGGGGUUACUGGUAUAAAAGUUUAUAGGAACCCUGAUCUUCAAGAGCCUUUGCUUCUUGAGGAAGAACCUGGAUGUCUCAAGGUCACCCCUUACAGCGAAGCCGGGCUCUUUAGUAUAAUUACACUUUCUUGGCUGAACCCUCUUCUCUCAAUUGGUGCGAAAAGACCACUUGAACUGAAGGACAUCCCCCUUCUUGCACCAAAAGAUCGAUCUAAGAACAAUUAUAAGAUUUUGAACUCAAACUGGGAAAAAUUGAAAGCAGACAAUCCUUCGAAACAGCCUUCUCUUGCUUGGGCCAUUCUGAAGUCCUUCUGGAAGGAGGCAGCUUGUAAUGCCAUCUUUGCUGGCCUGAAUACUUUAGUUUCAUAUGUUGGCCCUUAUAUGAUUAGCUACUUUGUUGAUUACUUGGGGGGGAAAGAGACUUUCCCCCAUGAAGGAUACAUUUUGGCUGGAACAUUCUUCAUAGCAAAGCUUGUGGAGACUCUGACAGCUAGACAGUGGUAUCUUGGGGUUGACAUCUUGGGUAUGCAUGUGAGAUCGGCUCUCACAGCAUUAGUAUAUCGGAAAGGCCUUCGGCUUUCCAGCUCUGCUAAACAGAGUCAUACCAGUGGAGAGAUCGUGAACUACAUGGCUGUUGAUGUGCAAAGGGUUGGGGAUUACUCAUGGUAUCUCCAUGAUGCUUGGAUGCUCCCUAUGCAAAUCAUUCUUGCUCUAGCUAUUUUGUAUAAGAACGUUGGAAUUGCUUCUAUUGCAACAUUGAUUGCAACCAUUGUCUCCAUUAUUGUUACCAUUCCAAUAGCUAGAAUACAAGAGGAUUAUCAAGAUAAACUGAUGGCUGCCAAGGAUGAUAGGAUGAGAAAAACGUCUGAGUGUUUAAGAAGCAUGAGGAUUCUGAAGCUGCAAGCUUGGGAAGUCAGGUAUAAAGAUAAGUUGGAGGAGAUGCGGGGUGUGGAGUUCAAGUGGCUUAGGAAAGCUCUUUAUUCCCAAGCCUUCAUUACUUUCAUUUUCUGGAGUUCCCCGAUAUUUGUCUCUGUUGUUACUUUUGCCACCUGCAUAUUGUUGGGGGGUCAACUUACUGCAGGCAGUGUUCUUUCAGCACUAGCCACUUUUAGAAUCCUCCAAGAACCACUUAGGAAUUUUCCCGACCUGGUGUCAAUGAUGGCCCAGACAAAAGUUUCUCUAGACCGUAUUUCUGGACUGCUGCUGGAGGAAGAGUUGCAGGAAGAUGCAACUAUUGUCCUACCUCGAGGCACACCAAAUGCAGCUGUAGAGAUCAAAGAUGGCCUCUUCUCCUGGGACACUUCUUCUCCAAGGCCAACUUUAUCAGGAAUACAAGUGAGAGUGGAGAAAGGGAUGCGUGUUGCUGUUUGUGGUGUUGUUGGUUCUGGGAAAUCAAGCUUCCUAUCUUGCAUCCUAGGGGAGAUACCAAAAAUCAUGGGGGAAGUAAGAUUAUGUGGUACUUCUGCAUAUGUGCCUCAAUCACCUUGGAUACAAUCUGGAAACAUAGAAGAAAAUAUUCUUUUUGGAAGUCCUCUUGACAAACCAAGAUACAAGAAUGCUAUUCAUGCUUGUUCACUGAAGAAGGAUUUGGAGAAUCUCCCACAUGGAGAUCAAACAAUAAUUGGUGAUCGGGGAAUAAACCUUAGUGGAGGUCAAAAGCAACGUGUUCAGCUUGCCAGGGCACUAUAUCAAGAUGCGGAUAUUUAUUUACUUGAUGACCCCUUCAGUGCUGUUGAUAUACACACUGCCCUAGACUUGUUUAAGGAAUACAUAAUGACGGCACUAGCAGACAAAACUGUCAUUUUUGUUACACAUCAAAUUGAGUUUUUGCCCGCUGUUGAUUUGAUAUUGGUUAUCAAAGAAGGCCGCAUUAUACAGGCAGGAAAAUAUGAUGAUCUUUUACAAGCAGGAACGGACUUCAACACAUUGGUAACUGCUCAUCACGAAGCUAUUGAAGCUAUGGAUAUUCCCAGCCAUUCAUCUGAAGAAUCAGAUGAAACUAUGUCUGCAGAUGAAUCUCCUAAUCUUGGUAAAAAGGGUGAUCUUGUUGGAAAUAGCGUCGACAACUUAGCCAAGGAAGUGCAAGAAUGUAUAUCCGCAGCAGAGCAGAAGGCAAUCAAGGAGAAAAAGAAGGCAAAACGUAGUAGGAAAAGACAGCUUGUACAAGAAGAGGAAAGGGUAAGAGGCCGGGUCAGCAUGAAGGUCUACUUGUCAUACAUGGCUGCAGCAUAUAAAGGCUUUUUAAUUCCUCUCAUAAUUGUUGCACAAGCAUUAUUUCAAUUCCUACAGAUUGCAAGCAACUGGUGGAUGGCAUGGGCAAAUCCCCAAACUGAAGGGGACCAACCUAAAGUGACUCCCAUGAUCCUCCUUGUGGUCUACAUGGCACUUGCUUUUGGAAGCUCUUGGUUUGUAUUUGUUAGGGCUAUACUGGUUGCUAUGUUUGGUCUUGCGGCUGCACAAAAAUUGUUUGUCAAGAUGCUUACAUCUAUUUUUCGUGCACCCAUGUCAUUCUUUGACUCGACACCGGCAGGACGGAUCUUGAAUCGCGUGUCCAUUGAUCAAAGUGUUGUGGAUCUUGAUAUUCCUUUUCGACUUGGUGGGUUUGCUUCAACGACAAUUCAACUUAUUGGUAUUGUUGGUGUUAUGACAGAAGUUACCUGGCAAGUCUUGCUUUUAGUCAUUCCCAUGGCUAUUGUUUGUUUGUGGAUGCAGAAAUACUACAUGGCUUCAUCAAGGGAGCUUGUUCGCAUUGUUAGCAUUCAGAAAUCUCCAGUUAUUAAUCUUUUUGGCGAGUCAAUUGCUGGAGCAGCGACCAUACGAGGGUUUGGACAGGAAAAACGGUUUAUGAAGAGAAAUCUUUAUCUUCUUGAUUGUUACUCUCGCCCAUUCUUCUGCAGUCUUGCCGCUAUUGAGUGGCUCUGUCUUCGUAUGGAAUUGCUCUCCACCUUCGUCUUUGCUUUCUGUAUGGUUUUGCUAGUCAGCUUCCCGCAUGGAAGCAUUGACCCAAGCAUGGCUGGCCUUGCGGUAACAUAUGGUCUGAAUCUGAAUGCUCGCCUGUCACGGUGGAUACUUAGCUUUUGCAAGCUCGAAAACAAAAUUAUAUCUAUUGAAAGGAUUUAUCAGUAUAGCCAAAUUCCAAGUGAGGCACCAAUACUUAUUGAGGACUCUCGUCCUCCUUCAACGUGGCCUGAGAAUGGAACUAUUGAGCUUACUGAGCUAAAGGUUCGAUACAAGGAGAAUCUUCCUUUGGUGCUCCGCGGUAUAACUUGCUGCUUUCCCGGUGGAAAGAAGAUUGGGAUUGUUGGUAGGACUGGAAGUGGUAAAUCUACUUUGAUCCAGGCGCUAUUCCGAUUGGUUGAACCAUCGAGUGGAAGGAUAGUUAUCGACAAUAUUGAUAUUGCUACAAUUGGCCUUCAUGACCUCCGUAGCCGUCUUAGUAUCAUACCUCAGGAUCCCACUUUAUUUGAAGGCACAAUUAGGGGCAAUCUUGAUCCCCUUGAAGAGCAUUCUGAUCAUGAAAUUUGGCAGACGCUGGAUAAGUCGCAGCUAGGACAGAUGAUUCGUGAAAAGGAGCAAAAACUCGAUACACCAGUGCUCGAAAAUGGAGAUAACUGGAGUGUAGGGCAGAGGCAACUCGUAGCAUUGGGUCGUGCACUAUUGAGACAAGCCAGAAUACUUGUUCUCGAUGAAGCCACCGCAUCAGUCGACAUGGCAACAGAUAAUCUUAUCCAGAAGGUUAUUAGAACAGAGUUCAGAGACUGCACCGUAUGCACGAUUGCACAUAGAAUUCCAACUGUAGUUGACAGUGAUCUGGUUUUGGUACUAAGCGACGGUAGAAUUGCAGAGUUCGAUACCCCGGCACGACUAUUAGAGGAUAAGUCAUCCAUGUUCCUCAAAUUAGUGACGGAGUAUUCCACGAGAUAAAAUGGCAUACCAAACGUUUUUGUUGAGAUGGGAUGCCUGAAAACGACGUCUGUCUCAGCAGAUGCACAAGGUUGAAGGGCGCCAUAACGACUACUGUUCGAUGAGCUGCAUCUGCAUUCGGCAACACCAGCAAAAGGAAGGAUUGAAUAAUAAAGAGUGGAGAUGGGAGCAGGAGGGGUGAGUCAAAGAAGGUGUAAAUUCAAAGGGAGGUUCUUGUUUUUAUGGAUUCAUGGUUAGGGGAAUUAGGAUGAAGAAUAAAUCAAACCCAUGUAUGCCAAAAACAAUAAUUAACACGAAAGAAAAUGAGAGCGGCCAUGGUUUUUCCGGUAAUGUAAUGGUUGUUUUAGAUAGGGGCUAAUUUGUAGAGUUGAGUUAGCCAAAUGUCAUUUCUCAGGUUCUAGUGAAGGAAAAUAACAGUGCUCUAGAUUUUGGUAUUGGACUUUUCUUUUUUUUUCCCUUUCUUUGAAAAAGAAGCAAAGCAAGCGUUUGAAAUUACUUUUUCU